AUGUCAAAAGGAGAACAGAAAAAAAAUCAUAACAAGAUCAUUUUGAAAGGAAUUUCUCAACGAGAUGAAAACUCGUUUAUGAUGAAUUUUGUUUCUUGUAACAUGACGUCGAAUUCUUUAACUGAGAGUAAAUAUUCAAACUCACCCACAUUUAUUGCUAUGGUAAUUGUCAAUAAGUAA